AAUAAGAAACGCGCGUGCGCAGCCGACCGACAGUUGCGACUCGUGAGAUCCCAUGCUAAAGAGCUCCGUUAUAGUUCGCGUUGCAUUUAGUUAUUGCUGUGCACAGACACAUAUAUAUAGUAUAUAUAUAUGUAUUGCAAUAUAAUUUAUACUUGUUUUUAAUAAAGUCACAACGUGUCGUGCGACGUCCGCAAAUUGUGCAUUUUAAAGGUUUAAAAACGAAAACUCAACAAAAAUAAAAGUAAACAGAAGUCAAGAGGAAAACAAAAAGAAACAUAUAAAGUAAAACAGAAACAGAAAAUCCCGAGUGCAGUUGACGAUUUAUGUGUUAAUUUUUUGGACAUUUCCUGAGCUUCCUGCGAACACGCUCAGAACUCAACUUGCAUACCAAAAAGGCAACAAACCAUGCACAGCUUUAAGAUCAAUCUGCUGGCGUUGCUCUUGGCGCUCUCGCUAUGCAUCAGCUGCUGUCAGGGCGCGCGUCGGCUGCGCAAGAAGCCGAAAGUCUACAAUGCGCUCAUCACCACGGACGACAAUCUGACAUCGAGUCGCGCCUAUCCGGUCAUCCAACCCACCAUACACGAGCCGGGCUAUGCGCCAUUCGGGCCAUUUAAUCCCUUUGGCUUCUACAGUCCGCCAAUUGUGAGAUUUGGUCAGCCCUUGGUGCCAGGUCUGCCGCCCAAUGAGCGGCUGCCGUAUCCACUGCCCACAGCUCCGCAAUACCCGCCUGUUUACGCAUCCUUUGACCCCAACCAGCCCAACAUUCUGCCUGGGGAACAGCAGCCGCCACCGCAACCGCAACAGGAGCUGGCACCCCAAGCGCCAACAGUUGAUGAACAUGGGCCCAAAGAGCUAAAGGGCAAGGAACAGCUUCCGUUACCUCUUAAUGAUCGAGGAUUACCGCCUGUUUUGAUACCACUCUCAUCCCAGUUCAACGGUCAGCCCAUGCAUCUGCCGCCCUAUUCCUUUCAGCAGUACCCAGUGAUCUAUGACCAGGCAGGCUACGUCCGGCCGCGCGAAAACUACUUGCCACCCUACGAUUAUUAUCCCAGCCAAGGAUACCCGACGCGUACUCCUGCAACUGAUGCGCCGGCCGUUCAACAACCAGAGCCAGAGGUCAAGCCUUUGCCGCUGGACAGCCUAGAUGCAACGCCCAGUUUCGAUGACAUCAAAAAUGGGUCAGAGAAUAAAAAUAUCGAUGUGCCCGAUGUACCGCCGCCACCAAUACCUUCGGGUCCAAAGCGCCCCAGACCAAAGGAUAAUUGAGGCGUUUUUGGGGAACCGCCCCUUACGAAAUAUACACGUAUUUAUUACCAUUUUCUUUAAGCAUUUCGAUUUUAUAUAUUGUCGUUCAAUAAUGUAAUUUAAUAAGCUUAGUAAGUGUUCAUCAAAGAUA